AAAUUCACACGCACAGCGUGCGCUACCAUUUCCAGACAGCGGAAGGAUUGGGAGAUCAUUUUGUAGAGAGAAAUAGGCAAGACCCGAAUCCGAACCGGAAAAUGGGCAAGGAUCUGAGCGAGGAGCAGGUCUCCUCAAUGAAAGAAGCGUUCACGCUCUUCGACACCGACGGUGACGGCAAGAUCGCCCCUUCCGAAUUGGGGAUCCUAAUGCGUUCUCUCGGGGGCAAUCCCACCCAGGCCCAACUCAAGACCAUUAUCGCCGAGGAAAACCUAAACGCUCCUUUCGAUUUUUCCAGAUUCCUCGAUCUCAUGGCCAAGCACAUGAAACCAGAACCCUUCGAUCGUCAGCUCCGCGAUGCCUUUAAAGUGCUUGACAAGGACUCCACUGGGUUCGUUUCCGUUGCGGAUCUGCGCCACAUUUUGACUAGCAUUGGAGAGAAGCUGGAGCCAUCCGAAUUCGAUGAAUGGAUCCGGGAAGUUGAUGUCGGGCCGGAUGGCAGAAUCCGCUACGAAGAUUUCAUUGCUAGGAUGGUAGCCAAGUGAAGUAAGAUCGACUAAGAAUUUGCGCGUGUUUGUUUAUGUUUUUGCUUUUUAAAUUUUCAGAAGUACUUUGGGUAAGGUUUGGCUUUCUCUUUUUGGUUUGGGGGUCUAGGGUUUGUUUGGGUAUUGAUUGUGAUGGAUGAUGAUGGUGUUCUUCUAAUUAUUCAAGUAAUGCUAAGUUUUUCAUUAAA